AUGGCCGCUUCAACGGGAAUGGCCGGAUUGGGCGAGCCGGACAUGGCCCUCAUAGCGGAAUUGUUGGAAGAUGUUUCUCGAAAUCCGCCAGCGAUUGCAGCUCGAAAGUUACUCGUGGAGCAUUACAUCUCCGUGGGUUGGCUGGAGGCUGCCACGGACAACGCAAAAGACUUGAAGACUCUGGCUCCUCGGGAUCCAGAUGUGACACGAUACUUGGAGACUUUGCAAAGGAAACCUGAUCCUCCGGCUCCUGAAAAGCAAGCGCCAUCCGUUGUCAAACCACCCGUGACAGAGACGCGCGAAUGGGAUCCGAAAACCGGUCGAUACAAGAAGGUCGCACCCGCGAAACACGCGAGGAAAUUAUCUCAAGUACAAGACCCGGAAGUGAAUAGUGACUUGGACGCUACAAGGCAAGACUUGACACAAGGCUACACAGCGUUACGGGCGAAAGCGAGAAGCAUUCUUGCCGAUCUGCUCCAUCUUCAGAACCUCCAGAGAAAAGCUGGCUUACCUCCAUCGAAGAAUGUUGCAAAAGUUCAAGCCAUCGCUGAAGGGGGCGGGGUAAGCCAGGGCAUAACAACAAACUCACCAGGCAGCGCUCGCUCAGUUGCACGUAGGAUGCGCGACCGCCCAGAGGAAGCCGCUAGCAUCGCCAUCUCGGACUUGGAGGACACAGUGAAGUGGAUACGUGUGCCUCAUGGCAAGCCUUCAGGCGCCGAUGAUGACGCAGUCCGCGAUGUCCUCGUGAAGCGAACCGAAGCUGUUCAAUCUACCCUACCCGACAAUUUAAAGAUCCAUUGCGAACAUGCUCUCAUGCAUGUCGAACACGAGCUCUUAACGAGGAAUUAUGCAAACACCGAAACCAUGUUGGGCGACGAGAUCAAGGACAUUCCGCGAGCCAACUUUUACGUCACAGAAGACAACUACGCAUGGUGCAUGGAUGAAUUGGUUCAGGCUAUCACAGCAAACAACGGCGUAUUACGGAACCCUUUGAGUCGAGAAAUGUUCACGCCAAAAGAUAUCAAAGGCAUCCUCCUUCAUCCAAUAGGCAAGCCUCUGGCUGCAUUGGGUGUCGCGCAGCACGAAAUGUCAAAGGGCAUUCGGUCUGACACAAUUGUACACAUGGAAAAGCUUUCAAAUGUUCUCUUGACCGACCAGAGUGCAGACACGCUGCCCAGUCGCAAGGCGGUCGAUGAAUUUCUCGCCUAUGUUGCUACAUCAGUGCCCGAACUGGAGCAGAAAGCGAUCGAGCAACUCAAGUGCCCCGCUCGAGACAGUCAUACUGGACAGGCAUAUGACUUUAGCAUUGGCGAAGCAGUGCUCGACGCCAAAGGAAAUCGAGUCUGCUUCCACAAGACAGGCGACUUUAUCAAGCAGGCGGCCUCAUACUUGCGACAGAAUCAAGGCGCUGCCCCAGACCAAGAUCCAAACACGUGUAGUGUCAUGUAG